CUUAAGAUAUGCGUUCGAUAUCCUGUGAACGGGCUUCUCAUGACCCUAACCUCUGUACACAGGGACUGGAAGAAACGAUCGAGAACAACCAGAGUCUUUCUCUUGAGAUGCAGAACGCAAUGCCGCCGACGCCAAAUCUCCAAGAGAUCCUGCAACCCUCCUCCGCAACUACAUGUUACUUACCCGCCAACGACCUGGUCUCAUGUGACGAGCCUCUUAGGACCUGGCCCGACAGCAUCACAGGAUUGUCAUCCAACGUCUAUCAGACAGAUUACGUUCCCCAGCCGCUCACCGUAUUCAGUGCCACAAGCGAUCCAUAUGAUACAUCAGUCACAACGGCAGCCAACUGUACGACACCACAUCCUUCGCCUUCAGAAUGCGGCUUCCAACCUACCACUCUACCGGAACUCGCGACUGUCGAGGCAAUCAACGAGAUGGUUAUCGGUCAGCCUUCAACUACGGACAAUCCGAUGAUUGACACGUCUACCUACAGAUCCCCGCAAUCAAAGACCAAAAAGCCGCAAGGUGGAGAGUUCGCUUAUUCUUGCACAUUCCCUGGCUGUCCCAAAGAAUUUCCAAAAAAGCAGAAUCUUUUAAGCCAUAUUAGAUGCCACUCUGAUGAACGUCCCCAUGUGUGCGCGCAAUGUUCUGCGUGCUUUCGCAGAAAGCAUGAUCUUCAGCGUCAUUUCCGUUCCAGACAUGCAGUUUCUAAGCCUCAUCAUUGUUCGUAUUGUGGAAAACCGUUUGCUAGGACAGAUGGGCUGCGGCGACAUUUAGUGGCGAGAGAGAGUAGAGGUGCGUGUGGGUAAUCGGAUCAAAAGGGUGGGUAAAAUGGGCCGGGUUGCUAGAUUUGUUAUGUCACCCCGAACAAAAUAAAUUCUCG